GCUCUACAGUUUCACCUAAACGGUAGGAACCUAAUCCAUCUCCCACUCCUACCAAAGCUCACCCCAGCAGCCGAAGGUCAGGUGAUAGCAAACUCUGCUAUUCUGUCUUUUAAGGGACGACAGGUGGGCGCAAGACCAGGAGAGUGAGGAGAGAGACCACGAGAGAGCGUGUCUUUUUCCAAUCACUGCUUCUUCUCCUCAUCUCCGCUACAUCCAUCAAGCCUCACUUUCCUUCCCUUUCCCUUGACCCCUUGCCAUCUCGAAGCCCUGCUCGAAAGCCCUUCUUUUUGUUGGAAAGAUCGCGCCGAUCGCACAAUCGCUGCAUGACUAGCAUUUUCUUACAGCAGAAAGCAUCGGUUCCGGCGAAUGGGUCUUCGUUGUUGAUUGGGUUGGUGAAAAAUGGUGUUUCUGUUGAGAUCUGGGAAUGUGAUCUGAUGUACACGACUCUGUAUGCGCUGAAUUCACGAAGAUGACGUCGGCUCCGGCGGCGGCUUCGAUGUUUGACCGCCAUAGACUUGUGGCAUCCAACACGGAAUUGGUUGGAAAUCUUGGAAGAAGCGAUGGUUUAUCCUUACACGAAGUUCUCUAGUUUUCUUCAAAAGUGACCCUAGUGCUUUGCCUCAGAGGGUAGGUGAGGUUAAUAUCACCCUUGGCGGUAUAGACCUAAAUAAUUCUGGAAGUGUGGUUGUGAGGGAAGACAAGAAAUUGUUGACUGUCUUAUUUCCUGAUGGUCGUGAUGGAAGAGCAUUUACCCUUAAGGCAGAGACAAUGGAGGAUUUAUUUGACUGGAAAACUGCUUUAGAACAAGCUCUGGCACAAGCUCCAAAUGCCGCCCUUGUUAUGGGGAACAAUGGAAUAUUUCGUAAUGAUAAUACUGAUGCGUUUGAAGGAUCCAUUCAACAUUGGAGAGAUAAGCGGCCAAUAAAAUCAUUGGUUGUUGGGAGACCUAUUUUACUUGCACUAGAAGACAUAGACGGGGGACCUUCCUUUCUAGAAAAAGCUCUACAAUUUUUAGAGAAUCACGGAACCAAAGUAGAAGGGAUUUUGCGGCAGUCUGCUGAUGUUGAGGAGGUUGAGUGUAGAGUUCAAGAAUAUGAGCAGGGGAGGACAGAGUUUACUGCAGAUGAAGAUGCACAUGUCAUUGGUGAUUGUGUUAAACAUGUUCUUCGGGAGCUACCCUCAUCUCCGGUUCCUGCAUCCUGCUGUAAUGCACUGCUGGAAGCAUAUAGAUUCGAACUUAGGGAAGAUCGUUUGAAAGAAAUGCGUUCUGCAAUAGUGAACACAUUUCCAGAACCAAAUCGUAAGCUAUUGCAGAGGGUUUUGAAAAUGAUGCACACAAUUGCUUUGCAUACUACUGAGAAUCGGAUGACUCCAUCUGCUGUUGCUGCUUGUAUGGCACCUUUGUUGCUGCGUCCACUUCUUGCUGGUGAAUGUGAAUUAGAGGAUGACUUUGAUGCAAAUGGAGGUAGUUCUGCUCAGCUUUUGGCUGCUGCAAAUGCUGCAAACAAUGCUCAGGCCAUCGUCACAACUCUACUAGAGGAAUAUGAUAGUAUUUUUGAUGGUUGUACUUAUCAAAGAUGCUCUUUAUCACCCGGCUCUCAUAGUGAAGAUAGUGAUAGUGAUGAUUCUGAUGAAGAUGAAAGUAUAGAUGUCAAGGACAAUGGAUACUGCAGUGUUGAAAAGGAUAAAGAUUCACAAAUUAAUGUGGUGGAUCAUGAACGCGUGCUUAGUGGAAAACUGAGUGAAAGCAGCGGUUAUGCUGGCAGUGACCUUUAUGAUUAUAAGGGGUUUGCAGGCGAUGAUUCAGAUGCUGAUUCUCUUGCAGAUAAUAAAGAUUCAGCAACGAAGACCAGACCAGCUGGGGGUUGUCAAGAUGAUGAUGUACAUGGCCUAACAAACCAAGAUGACUCUUUGGCCAAAAAGGAUUCCCCAAAUGCGUUGCCUUCCCGUGAAACUCCUCUUUCAAUGGGGGAAAUUUUGUCAUCAUUAGAUUCUAGCAUUCUUUUCCCUUCUAAUUCUGCUGAAUAUGGUAUCGAUAGACACGUGACCAAGCUAAAUGUUUCACAUAAUCAUGCAAAGAGGACCACCAAUUUUUGGGGUCGUAAUAAUGCUAGGAAAACUCAUUCAAUGGAUUCUGUUGAUUCAUCUGGUGAAGAGGAGCUUGCUAUUCAGAGGCUUGAAAUGACAAAGAAUGACCUUCGCAUGAGAAUUGCGAAAGAGGCCAAAGGCAAUGCCAUUUUGCAGGCUAGCUUGGAAAAAAGAAAGCAGGCAUUGCAUGAUCGUCGCUUAGCACUGGAACAAGAUGAAAGUUGUUCAACAAGACUUCGACACUAGCCUUGCUUUUCUCAGUCAUGAGAAGAAACAGAGAAAUGAGAACCUAUCAGGAUCAGACUGGAGGAGCAUCAUGCCGCCCCAAGCGCUUUCCUUCCCAAGCAACUAUCAUCCAUCUUACAAAAAAUCUUUAGACGGCGCUCCUAGCGAUACGAAAGGAGUAGAAGCAUCCUCAAGCAUGUCCUCAUCUGAGACCAAUCCUCUCAAAUUAGCCGAGGGGCCGGAAUCUCUGAAACACCCAGCGGUCGCAUCCUCGACGUUGAUGGAACUGACCACACGUCUCGACUUUUUCAAAGAACGAAGGUCUCAGCUUUUGGAGCAGCUGCAUAAUCUGGAGCUGAGCCAUGGAAUUUCAUCAUCUCAAGGAUUUGCAUAUAAUCCUUCUUCCCCAUCCUGGAACAGUCCUAGAUGAAGUGAUAUACAUGUAUUGAGAUUGAAGGUUUCUCUUCCUUGUUCCACCAAUUUGCUUGUGUUUUGAAGACUUGUUAGGGCUGUGUCUUAUGUGACCACUUUUAUCAAUGUAAAUUAUGUGUAGCCUUCUUUUUCUUCAUUUUUUUAUUUUAUAUAUUUCCCAGAAUUUAUUGUUUUGUUGUCCUUGAAUAGCACGGUUAUUUUAAGGAUGUUAGUUAUAUGUUCUUUUCUAUAAAA